CAACUCGUCAAUUUUUAUCCUUCUUCUCGCGAUUUUCUUGAUUGUUACUUCUUCGGACACAACAGUGGUGGGUACUUAAUCGCCUCGAUUCAGAGCUAUUCGACCUUGUGGCAGGCCAUGGCCAAUGAGAGAGAGUUUGAAACUUCAAGAUUGAUUGUGUAGCACUGUUCGUUCGAUUAAGAUUUAUUUAUUUAUUAAUAUGGAGGGAGGUGAAGGAGUAAUUGACAUUGACAAAAUAACAGUCCUAUUGGAACCGGAUAAGAUCAGUGAAGGAGGGUUGCAUAUCCCUGGCAAGGACAGGGUGGUAUUCCGACCCCCUGAGAGGAAAUCUGUUCUGGGUCUGGAUGCUCUUGUGAUUGCAAAGUGAGAAUCCAAGGGUGAUGCUGGGUUUAAAGUUCCCCAAGAUAGAAAUAUUUCAGUUGUGACUUCUCUAGAUGAAGAUGAGAAGUCUAGUCUCUCUGGAUUUGAUGAUGCUGAAAGUAAUUCUUUUCAAGGGAGAAACACUCGUGAUCACCGUCGCUAUCGGGAAACUCAUAUGGAAGAGACAUCACAUUCAGGUGAGACAUUCCUAGCUGUACAAGCAUUAAUUGUCAAUCGCACUUUAAGCUUUUCUCAUCCGUCAAAUGUAUAUCAGCGUUCCGAAGUUACAACUCCACAUAGUGGAAGUUCUCGAAGUGUCAGGUCUCGAAGUCCAAGUAGGUAUGAGAGAGAAAGCCGAACCAGUGAUAGAAGGGAUCGGAAUGAAGCAAGGAGUGAGAGUAGGAGGGGAAGGCAUGAUGAUGAUGGUUAUCAUGAUGAAUAUUCACAAAGAAGAGACGGAUAUCGGCGUGGACAUGAAGAUAAGUAUGCAGGAGAAUCCGAAAGAAAGAGAAGCAGACAUGGAUCUGCUUCUAGGCGAACAUCUUCCCGAUCUGAUUGGGAUGAUGGGAGAUGGGAAUGGGAAGAUACACCUCGCCGGGACAGUCACUCUAUGUCUGGUAGGCAUCAUCAGCCUUCACCAUCCCCAAUGUUUGUUGGGGCAUCACCUGAUGCUCGACUGGUGUCCCCGUGGUUGGGUGGUCAUACUCCUCAUUCUGCAGGACCUGCUGCUUCUCCCUGGGAUCACAUCUCUCCUUCUCCAGUCCCAGUGCGUGCUUCUGGAAGAGCUUCGAACUCUCGCUAUAGUGGAAGGUCUCAUCAUCUCGCUAGUUCUGCUGAGAAUUCAAGAUUGGUUUCUGAGGAAAAUGAAGCUGAUGAUAAUUCUUCGAGUAAAGAAGACAAUCAUGAGCUAACGGAACAAACGCGUUUAGAGAUGGAUUACAAUGCUGACCGUGCAUGGUAUGAUAGAGAUGAAGGUAACACAAUGUUUGAUGCUGAUAGCUCAUCACUGUUUCUCGGGGAUGAUACUUCCUUCCAGAAGAAGGAAGCAGAAUUGGCCAAGAGACUGGUACGCAAGGAUGGAACAAGGAUGACACUUUCUCAAAGCAAGAAGUUAUCACAGCUUACUGCUGAUAACGCUCAGUGGGAAGAUCGGCAACUACUGAGAUCUGGAGCUGUUAGAGGGACGGAGGUGCAGACCGAAUUCGAAGAUGAGGAUGAACGCAAAGUUAUACUUCUUGUUCAUGAUACAAAGCCUCCUUUCCUGCAUGGCAGGGUUGUUUUUACAAAGCAGGCAGAGCCUACAAUGCCGUUGAAAGAUCCCACAUCUGAUAUGGCUAUAAUAUCACGCAAAGGAUCUGCUCUUGUUAGGGAAAUUCAUGAAAAACAGAGUCAGAACAAAUCACGCCAAAGGUUUUGGGAGCUUGCAGGAUCAAAGCUUGGUGAUAUACUGGGUGUUGAGAAGACAGCAGAGCAGAUUGAUGCAGAUACAGCUGUAUUAGGGGAAGAGGGUGAAGUUGACUUUAAGGAGGAUGCAAAAUUUGCACAACACAUGAAAGAGAAAGGUGAAGCUGUGAGUGAUUUUACAAAGUCAAAAUCCUUAUCACAGCAACGACAAUUUCUCCCAAUUUAUUCUGUCCGCGAGGAAUUGUUACAGGUAGUUCGUGAAAAUCAGGUUAUCGUUGUAGUUGGAGAAACUGGUUCAGGGAAAACAACUCAGCUUACACAGUAUCUGCAUGAAGAUGGAUACACGACAACUGGUGUUCUUGGCUGUACCCAACCAAGGCGUGUGGCAGCUAUGAGCGUAGCAAAGCGAGUUAGUGAAGAGAUGGAAACUGAACUGGGCGACAAAGUUGGUUAUGCGAUUCGGUUCGAGGAUGUCACUGGGCCGAACACCCUAAUCAAGUAUAUGACGGAUGGAGUGCUUCUUCGUGAAACAUUGAAGGAUUCUGAUCUUGAUAAAUACCGUGUGCCAAUAUUCCACAUCCCUGGGAGGACAUUCCCUGUGAAUAUCUUAUACAGCAAGACGCCUUGCGAAGACUAUGUUGAAGGUGCAGUGAAGCAAGCCAUGACCAUCCACAUUACAAGCUCGCCCGGCGACAUCCUCAUCUUCAUGACUGGCCAAGAUGAGAUUGAAGCAACCUGCUAUGCGCUUGCAGAGCGCAUGGAACAGCUCGUUUCCACAACCAAGAAGGGGGUGCCUAAGCUUUCCAUACUCCCAAUCUACUCCCAGUUGCCAGCCGAUCUUCAAGCCAAGAUCUUCCAGAAAGCUGAAGAUGGGGCCCGAAAAUGCAUUGUAGCCACCAAUAUUGCGGAGACGUCACUGACGGUGGAUGGGAUCUUUUAUGUCAUCGACACAGGCUAUGGUAAGAUGAAAGUGUACAACCCCAGGAUGGGUAUGGAUGCUCUCCAAGUGUUUCCUGUUAGCCGGGCUGCUGCUGACCAGCGAGCUGGCCGUGCGGGGAGAACUGGACCCGGCACAUGUUACCGGCUGUACACAGAGACUGCCUACCAGAAUGAGAUGCUACCGAACCCUGUGCCAGAGAUCCAGAGAACAAAUCUUGGCAAUGUGGUGCUGUUACUUAAGUCUCUGAAGAUUGAAAAUUUGUUGGAUUUUGAUUUCAUGGAUCCUCCACCACAGGACAACAUCCUCAAUUCCAUGUACCAGUUAUGGGUCUUGGGUGCAUUAAAUAAUGUUGGGAGCCUGACGGAGCUGGGAUGGAAAAUGGUUGAGUUUCCAUUGGAUCCACCACUUGCUAAGAUGUUGCUGAUGGGGGAGCAGCUGGAGUGCCUGAACGAGGUGCUGACGAUUGUGUCAAUGCUUUCAGUUCCAUCUGUUUUCUUCCGGCCCAAGGACAGGGCAGAGGAGAGCGACGCCGCGAGGGAGAAGUUCUUUGUUCCCGAAUCUGAUCAUUUGACAUUGCUCAAUGUCUAUCAGCAGUGGAAGGCGAACCAGUACAGGGGAGACUGGUGCAAUGACCACUUCUUGCAUGUGAAGGGGCUGCGGAAGGCAAGGGAGGUUAGGUCUCAGCUGCUAGACAUACUCAAGACAUUGAAGAUUCCAUUGACGUCAUGUGGUCCCAAUUGGGAUGUUGUUAGAAAGGCGAUUUGUUCUGCGUAUUUCCACAACGCUGCAAGAUUGAAAGGUGUUGGGGAGUAUGUGAAUUGCCGUAAUGGGAUGCCUUGUCAUUUGCAUCCAAGCAGCGCCCUUUAUGGCCUUGGGUAUACACCAGACUAUGUUGUAUACCACGAGCUGAUAUUGACAACAAAAGAAUACAUGCAGUGUGCCACUGCAGUUGAGCCGCAGUGGCUGGCUGAGUUGGGGCCGAUGUUUUUCUCAGUGAAGGAUUCGGAUACAUCAAUGUUGGAACACAAGAAGAAGCAGAAAGAAGAGAAGAUCGCAAUGGAAGAGGAAAUGGAGAACUUGAGAAAGGCGCAGGCAGAAGUGGAGAGAGAGAACCAAGUGACAGAGAGGCGGAAGAAAGCAAAGCAGCAGCAGCGGGUCUCAAUGCCAGGCCUGCGACAAGGGUCCUCAACUUAUCUUAAGCCGCCCAAGAAACUUGGGUUGUAAUUAGAGUUAUUUAAUGUUCUGGCAUAGUGAUGAUUUAUACACUAUGCAGGGUGUUUAACUGAAAUUGAGCUGUCCUAAUCACAGGACAUAUUGUAGAUAACGUUGUAAAACCAAAAUCAGACAGAUUACGCAAUGCGAACCCCUGAUUGAUGGA